GGUUACGCCGGGGAGCAGUGCACGUCAGCGGACUCACUCGGGAGGAGAUUACGGAGCCGAGCGUGUGAAUGGACCGAGGUUAUAAAUCACAAAGGGACCAGUGCACGUCAAACCUGCCCUGACUGCAGCAUCAAUAACACCUAUUACCCCCCCGUCCAGCAGCAGCAUGCAGUGAGAGCAGCCCUUUCAGAUGCUUUCCCACUCCACACAGUGAGGAAAAAAGGGGGUGGGGGUGGGGGGUGGUGGUCGGAGGGGAGGAGGAGGAUUUAUGGGAGAUUUGUUGGAUUUUCAUCGUCCCGUCGCUGCAAACUUGUGUCCGGCAUGGGGAAGGAACAGGAGCUGCUGGAAGCUGCCCGGACCGGGAACGUGGCCGUGGUGGAGAAAUUGUUAAGUGGAAAGAAGGGGAUCCUGGGGUCAGGUUCCGGCUCCAUCCCUCUGCCCAACCUCCUGAGCAUGUGGAAAGGCCUGAACGUCAACUGCACAGACAGCUCAGGAUACACACCUUUACAUCAUGCUUCUCUCAACGGACACAGGGAUGUGGUUCUGAAGCUGCUCCAGUUUGAGGCGUCCACAAAUGUAGCUGACAGCAAAGGAUGCUUCCCGCUGCACUUGGCCGCCUGGAAGGGAGACGUGGACAUUGUCCGCAUCCUCAUCCACCACAGACCCUCGCACUGCCGAGUCAACCAACAGAACCAUGAGAGGGAAACGGCGCUUCACUGCGCAGCCCAGUACGGACACUCUGAGGUGGUUUCAGUACUGCUUCAGGAGCUGACUGACCCCACCAUGAGAAACAGCCAACAGGAGACGCCUCUGGACCUAGCAGCACUGUAUGGACGCCUACAGGUGGUGUGCAUGUUGGUGAGCGCUCAUCCCAACCUCAUGACCAGCCACACCCGCCGACACACUCCGCUUCACCUGGCCGCACGCAACGGACACCACAGCACGGUCCAGACGCUGCUCGAGGCCGGCAUGGACGUCAACUGUGUGGUAAGAAAAAUGAACAGCCCUCAGCGAUCGGUGUCCUCUAUCGGCAUCUGUGGGUUUAACGGAUUUAGACACGGAUAA